AUGCAAACGAGCUCCCAGAGGCAUCUUGCAUCAGCCCGGGAAAGUUUGCUCCUCGCCUGGCUCCCCCCCGGCCCCGGGCGAGGGGCAAGGAGCCUGCUCGCCGGCUUGCUGCGGACUGCUGACAUGCCGGCCACCCCCAGACCAGCCCUGCUGCUGUUGCUGCUGCUGCAUGUCCCACAGGCUGCAAGAGCCCAGGUCAACCCUGCAGUGUGCCGGUACCCCUUGGGAAUGUCGGGAGGGCACAUCCCUGAUGAGGACAUCUCAGCCUCCAGCCAAUGGUCAGAGUCCACAGCUGCCAAGUACGGCCGACUGGACUCCGAGGAUGGUGAUGGUGCCUGGUGCCCUGAAAUCCCAGUGGAGCCUGACGACCUGAAGGAGUUCCUGCAGAUUGACCUGCGUGCUCUGCACUUCAUCACGCUGGUGGGCACCCAGGGACGCCACGCUGGGGGCCACGGCAACGAGUUUGUCCCCAUGUAUAAGAUCAACUACAGCCGGGACGGCAGCCGCUGGAUCUCCUGGAGGAACCGCCACGGCAGGCAGGUGCUGGAUGGAAACACCAACCCUUACGACAUUGUCCUCAAGGACCUGGAGCCGCCGCUCAUCGCUCGCUUCGUGCGCUUCAUCCCCGUCACUGACCACUCCAUGAACGUCUGCCUGCGCGUGGAGCUCUAUGGCUGCGUCUGGCUGGAUGGUCUGGUGUCCUACAACGCUCCGGCCGGGCAGCAGCUCGUCCUUCCCGGGGGCACUGUCAUCUACCUGAAUGACUCAGUGUAUGAUGGAGCAUUUGGGUACAGCAUGACCGAGGGCCUGGGCCAGCUGACUGACGGCGUGUCAGGGCUGGAUGACUUCACGCAGACCCACGAGUACCACGUCUGGCCGGGCUACGACUACGUGGGCUGGCGGAACGAGAGCACCGCCGGCGGCUACGUGGAGAUCACCUUCGAGUUCGACCGCAUCAGGAACUUCACUGCCAUGAAGGUCCACUGCAACAACCUCUUCGCCAAAGGGGUGAAGAUCUUCAGGGAGGUGCAGUGCUACUUCCGCGCCGACGGCAGCGAGUGGGAGCCGGGCGCCGUCUCCUCGGCGCUGGUGCUGGACGACGUGAACCCCAGCGCCCGCUUCGUCACCGUGCCCCUGCUGCACCGCAUGGCCAGCGCCAUCAAGUGCCAGUACUACUUCGCUGACACCUGGAUGAUGUUCAGUGAGAUCACCUUCCAGUCGGAUGCAGCCAUGUACAACAACUCAAUGCCCCCCCCCGAGAUGCCCAUGGUCCCCACCACUUACGACCCCACGCUCAAGAUAGACGACAGCAACACACGCAUCCUGAUCGGGUGCCUGGUAGCCAUCAUCUUCAUCCUGGUAGCCAUCAUCGUCAUCAUACUGUGGAGGCAGUUCUGGCAGAAGAUGCUGGAGAAGGCGUCCCGGCGGAUGCUGGACGACGAGAUGACCGUCAGCCUCUCGCUGCCCAGCGAGUCCAGCAUGUUCAACCAGCACCACUCCUCCUCCUCCAGCGAGCAGGAGUCCAGCUCCACCUACGACCGCAUCUACCCCCUGGGCCCCGACUACCAGGAGCCCUCUCGCCUGAUCCGCAAGCUGCCCGAGUUCAGCCCGGGAGAGGACGACACAGGCUGCAGUGGCCCCACGAAGCCAUCCCUGGCCAGUGUCCCUGAGGGCGUCCCCCACUACGCCGAGGCCGACAUCGUGAACCUGCAGGGCGUGACGGGCGGCAACACCUACUCGGUGCCAGCCCUCACCAUGGACCUGCUCUCUGGCAAGGAUGUGGCUGUCGAGGAGUUCCCCAGGAAGCUGCUGAGCUUCAAGGAGAAGCUGGGGGAAGGCCAGUUCGGGGAGGUUCACCUCUGUGAAGUGGAAGGGAUGGAGAAGUUUGCAGGCAAGGACUUUGCCCUGGAAGGCUUGGAUGCCAGCUCCAACUGUCCUGUGCUGGUGGCUGUGAAGAUGCUGCGAGCAGAUGCCAACAAGAAUGCCAGGAAUGAUUUUCUGAAGGAAAUCAAGAUCAUGUCGCGGCUGAAGGACCCCAACAUCAUCCGGCUGCUGGCGGUGUGCAUCGCGGACGACCCCCUCUGCAUGAUCACCGAGUACAUGGAGAACGGAGACCUCAACCAGUUCCUGUCCCGCCAGCAGGCAGCCAGCCCCGCUGCCAGCCACGCACCCACCGUCAGCUACAGGGACCUGCGGUUCAUGGCCACCCAGAUCGCCUCGGGCAUGAAGUACCUCUCCUCCCUCAACUUCGUGCACCGCGACCUGGCCACACGCAACUGCCUGGUGGGCAAGCAGUACACCAUCAAGAUUGCCGACUUUGGCAUGAGCAGGAACCUCUACAGUGGGGACUACUACCGCAUCCAGGGGCGGGCAGUGCUCCCCAUCCGCUGGAUGUCCUGGGAGAGCAUCCUGCUGGGCAAGUUCACGACAGCCAGCGACGUGUGGGCGUUCGGGGUGACGCUGUGGGAGACCUUCACGCUGUGCCGGGAGCAGCCCUACUCCCAGCUCUCUGACGAGCAGGUCAUCGAGAACACAGGAGAGUUCUUCCGGGACCAGGGCCGCCAGAUCUACCUUCCCCAGCCUGCACUUUGCCCUGACUCAGUGUAUAAGCUAAUGCUCAGCUGCUGGAGGCGGGACACUAAAGACCGUCCCUCCUUCCAGGACAUCCAUCGCCUUCUCCAGGAGUCAGCCAGUGAAGAAUGACCUUUUGCUUGCCCCUAGUCUGGUCCCCGUUCCUCCCCAGCCCCCGAGGAGCCCUGUAUGCAAACCAAAGCCACUUCACUCGGACUUAGCAACCACACCCAGGCAGCUGGUCUUGUUCUCAUUGUACAGUGAAGCCUCAGAGAAAACCCCGAGGGCAGCACGAAGAGCCGCGCACGGCGUGGGACAACUCGGACCUCCUGCUGGCUGGCUGACCCCAGCCCAGGAGCGUUAUGGGCUGAGACAAGGGUUAUUUAUUGAUGCAGCUUGCUCUUGAUGACAAUGAUCAGGACAGAGCAGCUUCUCCCCCCUGACCAAAGGGGAGGAACAUCAACUGGACUCUUCUCUGUGAGGAAGCUCCCAGCCCGAGUGCAAGGCAGGCGCCUGGGGGAAAGGAUGCGUGCAGGUUAUGUGCCUGCUGGAACCAGGAGCACCCAGCAGCCACUACCUGCUCAAGGAGGUGCUGGGAGUAGCCACUAGCUCAUAGUGGGCUGUGCAAUUACAAGGCAAACCCAGGACCUCUCUGGACAUUUUGGGCUUUGGACAAGCUGUACUGGAUGGGCAGGAGGUCCCAUCCCUGCUGGCCAGACCCCCUUAUAGUGCUCUCAGCUCUUUGCCCAGCUGCUGGAGUGGGCAGCUGCUGCCAGCCAGGGAGGAGUGAGCGUGCCACCCCAGUAAGACUGUGUUGAGAGGGCCUCCUCUCACCAGCCACAGCCACUCCAGAGCUGCUCAGCUGCCCCUGAAGUGCACUUUGGAUGCCCUGUGGGUGCUGCGCAGCAGCCAGCAGCAGGAUGUUGGCACCAUUAAGCUCCAAAGGGACAUCUGCAGGUCCUCCUCUCCCGGGGUUAACCUGCAUCUUCAGCUGUCAUGAGAGGAAUGCACAUAGAGCUUUCAACAGCUGCUGCCCAAUGCCCAAGCCUGCAGCAGCCUGUGGGCAUGGAGCAGCAGGCACCCUGGCUCUGCCUGGCUCUGUGCCCGGGGAUCACAGCUCAGCUAGAGCACUUGGGCUGGGUUCUGCUGCCCCUAGCAUCCUAGGGGCAGUCUGGCACCAGGCCGUCAUCCCAGCA